UCACAGAAAGCGAGUCUUCACAACAUGGGUUAUGGUUCUGAUAGUGGUUCUCAAGAUGGAAGAGAUGAAGAUGAUGAGGAUGAUUACGAAGAGGCUGGUGGUAGUAAUCGGCUUUUGGGAUUUAUGUUUGGCAAUGUUGAUAACUCUGGCGACCUCGAUGUUGAUUACCUUGAUGAGGUGAUUUCUAUUUUCACCUCACCGUUGGUGUUGCCUGUAUCUUUUUUCUUGAUACUGGUUCCUCCUGUUUAACUAUUUUUUUUUUCUUGUCGUAACAAAUGUCAAUGAGCAUGACAAUGGAUUUAAGCUUAUGAUGUGAUCUCUUGUGCAUAUUUUCUUAUUUAUGUGCAUGUGCUAGUAUUUGGCCCCA